GCCAAGAGACCUUCAAGUGGAGCCAAAAAGCGGGGGGCACCGCACCGCAGGAGGAGCCAAGCUUUCGGUUCGGUGGGGGGUGGAGCCUUGUCGCGCUCCAGCGGCGGCUACGGUUUUCGGGGCUCCGCGCCUGCUCGCUGCUUCCAUCCCAUGGUGGCGAGCUGAAGCCUGGAGCGGCGGGUGGUGCGGAGGAGCGAGAGCAGGCCACGGCGAGGCGGAGGCGGCGGAGGAGAUGGUGGUGUGCUCCAUGCGCAAGUCGUUCAAGGACUCGCUCAAGGUGCUCGAGGCCGACAUCCAGCACGCCAACACCCUGGCAGCGGAUUUCUCCAGGGACUACGAUGGGGCCUGCCUCCAGAUGCGCAUGUCCUACAGCCCCGCCGCGCAGUUCUUCCUCUUCCUCGUCCAGUGGACCGAUUGCAGCCUCGCCGGCGCGCUUGGCCUGCUCAGGAUCCUAAUCUACAAGGUUUAUGUAGAUGGGAGUACCACCAUGUCCACACAUGAGAGGAAAGCAAGCAUAAGGGAAUUUUAUGCUGUUAUAUUCCCCUCCCUCAUGCAACUGCCCAAGGGGAUCAGCGAUGUCGAUGACCGGAGGCAGAAGGCGGUCUGUACAGAGAGAUACAGAAGGAGAGACGAGGAUGAGAGCAAGAGGCCGGUUUCUGAGAUCGAUGUUGAGAGGGAGGAAGAAUGUGGCAUUUGCAUGGAGAUGAACAGCAAGGUGGUGCUACCCACCUGCAGCCACGCUAUGUGCAUCAAGUGCUACCGCCAAUGGCGUUCAAGAUCUCAGUCCUGCCCCUUCUGUCGGGAUAGCCUCAAAAGAGUAAAUUCCGGUGAUCUGUGGAUGUUCACCGACUGCCGAGACAUAGUUGACAUGGCAACGGUGACCAGAGAGAACAUCAGGCGCCUGUUUAUGUACAUCGAGAAGCUGCCUCUCGUCACGCCGGACAACAUCUUCUACCCCUAUGAUUCUCAUAGGAUGUUCCUCGUCCUAGGAUGUGGCUAAUCUUGGAGCAGAUUGUGGGCUCUUACAAGGGACCUUGAGAGCUCUGACUGGGUGUAGAGUCUGUUCAGGUUUUGUAAAUGUCUGUACAUAGGAGUAUUUAUGAUGUAACGGAAAAAAUAACUUUAGGGAAAAAGCAUUGUGUUCUGAAGUAUGCAAGCUCUAAUUGAGAUAAACUUGGUGCAUGUAUUGGGUUCGAUUUUAAUCUUGAAAUGCUCUGCAGUUUCAACUGGAUA